GCUCCACCUUCAACCCGGCCGCUGAGGCCAAGCUCUACCCGGCCUCGCUGCAGCAGGAGCCGCCUGCCUUCGAGGGCCCGGCCCGGCGCGAGAAGCUGGCCAUGUACCGCCAGGAGCUGGAGCGUGGGGCCGAAGUCGGGCCCUCCCGGGGCUGGCGCGGGCACCAUCCGCACCCGGAGCUGCGUUACUACAACCUGCCGGCCCGGGCGGCCAGCGCCGCCAUGUACGUCCCGGCCAAGCCACUGCGCCGGAAAGGCCCACUGGUGAAGCAGACCAAGGUGGAGGAUGAGCAGAGGCAGCAAGGGGCUGCCCCCCAGACUCAGCCGCCCCCGACGCUGCCCGCCCCGGCGCCACCCGCCCCCGAGAAGAACUCCAUCGCCAUCCCCACCAUCGUCAUCAAAGCCCCCUCCACCAGCAGCAGCGGGCGCAGCAGCCAGGGUAGCAGCAUGGAGGCUGAGGGGCAGCCGGAGCCGGCCCCGGUGCCCGCCCUGCCCCUCCACAACAGCAUGGACUUCACCAGCCAGUUCGGCGCGGCCCUGGUGGGGGCGGCACGGCGGGACCGGGAGUGGCACAGCGAAGCCCGCCGCCGCUCCGCCCUCUUCCUCUCCACCGAGGUGCCAGAGGACGAGGCGCCCGAGCCGGCUCCAGUGCCCCGGCUCCGGCACUCGAAGAGCAUCGACGAGGGCAUGUUCUCGGCUGAGCCCUACCUGCAGCUGAAUUACGCCCAGCCCCUGCCGCCGGGCACCUAUUACCAGCCACGCCCUGCCAAGGGCUAUGGGGGCACCAGCACCACCAGCGCCUUCACCACCGUCUGCUCCAGCUUCCUGCCCCAGCUUCAGCCCCGGCCGGGCGGCGGGAAUGCCCCGCCCCUCAUCCACCCCCUGACGGGCAAGAUCCUGGACCCAGGCUCGCCCCUGGGCCUGGCGCUGGUGGCACGGGAGCGGGCGCUGCAGGAAUCGCACUCCCAGCAGCUGCAGCAAGGCCGGGCAGAGGCAGAGGAGCGAAGGUCUCGCCCAUCCUCGCCCCGGUUUGGGGAGGUGGCGCCGGAGCCCUCUGGAGGAGGCGGCUCCAUCCUGCGCCUGUGGGGGGCACCGGCAGGCGAGCCGCGGCCGGAGAGCCCCCGGCGCCAGGCCCCCUCCGAGCCCAAGGGCGGCCCGUGGGCGGGGGAGAAGCGGGGGGAGGAGGGGGCCGGGGGCGAGAAGCUGCACGUGCGCUUUGUGGAGAACUGCCGGCCCCAGGAGGAAAGCGAGCCGGUGCCAGUCCAGGGGGUGGAGGAGAACGGGCUGCCCCUGCUGGUCCUCCCGCCGCCGGCUCCCUCCGUCGACGUGGACGACGAGUUCCUCUUCACCGAGCCGCUGCCCCCGCCGCUGGAGUUCUCCAACAGCUUCGAGAAGCCCGACUCCCCCAAGGCGGGCCGGGAGCCCCCCGCCAUCCCCACCCUGGAGCCGCCGCCCGCCCCGCCGCCGCCCACCACCACUGCCCUGGACUCGACCACCUCCAGCCUGACCUCCUACGACAGUGAGGUGGCCACGCUGACCCAGGGUGGGGCGCCCGAGCCUCGGGAGGCCCCCCACGUCAACUUCUCCUCGGUGGUGUCCUCCAUCCAGAUCCCGGCGCCGGAGCCCCCCGAAGCGGUGACCGACUCGGGCAUCGAGGAGAUCGACAGCCGGAGCAGCAGCGACCACCACCUGGAGACCAUCAGCUCCGUCUCCACCCUGUCCAGCAUGUCGGGGCUGUCCAGCGAGGGGGUGGAGCUGCUGGACAGUUACGUCACCUACCUGGACGGCCAAGCCUUCGGGGGCCCGGCGGAGAAGCCCAGCAAGCUGCGGUCCCGGCCCUUCCCCGCCCGCCGCGACCCCGCCACCCCUACUAGCUCCACCAUCUCGGUGGCGGCCUGUGCCGAGAGCGUCUUCGCCCUCACGCCCGCUCCGGCCCAGGAGCCGCCUGCCCCGCAGCGCCGCUCGCCCACCCUGCCCUGGGAGGAGGGUGGGGCGGCCAAGCCCUCGCCCGUCUCGGCCAUGAAAGCCAGCAUCAUCAGCGAGCUGAGCUCCAAGCUGCAGCAGAUGAGCGGGGUGUCGUGGGCCCGGCCCCCCGACGGCGCAGGCCCCUUCGGCGCCGACCGGCCCGGCUCCCUGCAGCGCCAAAGGCUUCCCGAGGACGUGUCGGGCCCCUCCAAGCCGCCCGGCAGCCUGUUCCACAACUGGCCCAAGGUGGGGCCGGGCGCCAAGCCCCCGAAGAGCGUGGAGUUCGACAUCCGCCCGGCGCUGCGCCGCGCCCCCAGCCCCGCCGCCCUGCCCAGCGAGCACAAGAUCAGCCUGGCCCCUCGGCCCUCCUCCCUGCCCAUCCUGCCCUCCGUCCCCCUCUACGGCGGCAUCUACGACCUGCGCGGAUCCCCCCCCUCCGGCCCCUGCCCCUUCCCCGACUUCGUCUCCGGCAGCCGCUCCCUCUCGCCCACCCACUUCCUGCCCCCGGCCACGGACAAGCCCUUCGGCGCCAAGCCCCUGCCCUUCUGGACCAAAUUCGAUGUGGCCGACUGGCUGGAGUACCUGAAGCUGGGCGAGCACCGCGAGCGCUUCCUGGACAACGAGAUCGACGGCUCCCACCUGCCCUCGCUCACCAAGGAGGAUUACAUCGACCUGGGCGUCACCCGGGUCGGGCACCGAAUGAACAUUGACCGCGCCCUCAAGCUCUUCCUGGAGAGGUGAUGAGAGAAUCCCCCGCCCCAGGAGAGGGGAGCCCCUAGCCCCCCCAGGAGAGAGGGGAGCCCACCCCAGCCGCCCCGAGGACACGGAGGCCCAAAUGGAUGACGCCAGGAGCAAGGAGAAGCCGGGUGGCGAUACCCUCCCCCCCCAACCCCAGAGAGUGAGGGGGCCCCCACCAAUACCCCCCCCCUU